AUGCGUGCUGCCUGCUUCGUCCUUCUUGCUGCUCUCGCUUUGGGAGUUAGGUACGUUUCCAGGUUUUCAGUUGAUAUUUUACCAGUUUUCGUUCAGUGCCAACCUCCAAUGCUUCCAAUGCACCUCGAACGAGAACCCGACGUGCUCGGUCAAUGACGCGGGGGCUCUUGAAAGCUUCAAGAAGGUAAAAGCACUCGAUAAUGCCCACUGAUCCUCCUCUUCAACAGUAAAUAACUAAUUUUCGAAAUGUAACAAGAGGGAAAAUAACCGGAAAGAUGAAAGACAAAACAACAACUUGAUCAGUAAUUGAUCAGUCUAAUGGAAUGUUGUGUGUUUUCAGCCCUGCGAACCGCUCGCCGACGGAAGUUUCAAGGGAACCGCCGCCAUCGGAUGCCGCAAAGUCUCUCAGGUAUUGAAGUCGGACGUCUACGGGCGUAUUCAAGAACAACUGUUUCAGAACGUCGAGGGAGUCGAGUCGAUCGUCAGAGAGUGCGCUUACUCCGGAUCCAACGCCGACGGACUCAAGAAGACCGGAAACCACGCCAUUCAACUCUACUACUACCAGUGCCAGAACGAACAGGUAUAGAGGAUACAAUUCAUAGAGAAUGCUGGACAAUACUCGCAUUUUCAGCCCGGAACCCCAUGCAACUCGAUCGGAGCCGUCUUCUCGCCACUUUCCAUCAUUACCCUCAUUGCUAUCUACCUCCUUCAAUGA